AAUAUGGCGGCGUCCAUGGAGGCGAGAGAUCCAAACACCAACAUCCCGGAGUACGAAUAUCUCGAUGUUAAUACAAAACCGUUUCAUGUCGGUUCUUUUAGAAAGGAAUGGCUGAGCAGACUGAAGCCAAACGAGUACUCGUACGAGGAGGGGGACGAGGACGAGUUUAAUGCUAACUUUGCUAAAGAGAUGGGGGUCGGCGCGGAGACUAUGGCUGAACUCAAGGCUGUUUGCAGCGUUGAUUCGCUUCGUUGUCAUCCUGAAGAUCAGCAGCCCGACACGGAACUUGUACCUCCAGACGCAACAUUAAGAACACUAGUGCAAAGGAAGAAGAGACAAGAUCACAGAGCUUCUCUUAAAAAAGUGAAAAAGAACAGACAUGAUCUCUAUGCUGAUGAACUGGAGCGUUUAACAGUUGGCAGAAAACCAGAAACGAUGACUGCCAUGGUCCCUGAAGGAGAGGUCAUUCUAACCAUCAAUGUCUACUACCCAGCUGUUUUCGAGAAAUUUAACUACAUCAGACCCCACAUGACACUGCUGAUGAUGGGCUCCCACAGCUUGGCAGAGCUCAGGGAUGCCAUUUGCUGUGUCGGCGACUUGCAAGUGUGCGGAGAGUUCAGCAACGCCCCCGACGUGGUGCCAGAAUUCAUCAGCAAGGAUCAUUACAAGUCAGCUUUCUUCUUCUUUGAAGGCGUUUUCUAUAAUGACAUGCGAUUUCCUGAGUGCCAGGACAUCAGUGCGACUACAAUUGAAUGGGCUCAGUCCCGUAACUUCCCAUCCUACAGCCAGGCCAAGAUGGAGGACACACUAUUGGUGGAUCUGAAAGUGAAAGUGGGAUUCCCGUACCUUUACUGUCAUCAGGGAGACUGUGAACAUCUGGUCAUCAUCACAGAUGUCAGACUGGUCCACAAGAACGACUGUCUGGAUAAGAAGCUGUACCCGCUGCUCACGCAUAAGCACAGAAUCAUCACCCAGAGGUGUUCUGUUUGCCAUGUCUUCAUUGGCAGAUGGUACACCACCAGUGAUCAGUUUGCUCCAAGUGACCCGUGUCUGUUUUGUGACAAAUGCUUCCGGAUGCUGCACUAUGACACUCAAGGCAACAAACUGGGAGACUUCUUGGCCUAUCCCUAUGUGGACCGGGGUGCCUUUAAUUAAUGAUUCUCAUGAUUUAUUGCUGUAUAAUACAGUUAAAUUAUUUAUAUUUCGGAAGGAAAUGUUUUGAUACUUGGAAAAGUACAUCAAAACUUUGUUUUGAGUUUCCUCUUUGAAUUAAGCAGUAACAUUUACUGAACGACUGAUGUAACAGUUCAGUUAACAGCAGCACGGUCAGUUUAAUGUUAAGCACCUUAUACAUAUUUUUCUGUAAAGUCACUUUUUUUUUUUUUUUAAAUACACAAGAAAAGCUUUUUGUCUGAGUUCAUUAAAAGUAUCUGAAUAGUUAACCUGCUUUGUGGUUUGAUCUGGUCUGACACUGGUCUAAGCCCUGAUUGGUGGACAUUUAUACAGCUUAUUUAACUUCUUUUCACCUAGUUCAAAUCAAUGAGGGCCGCACGUCUUAUAGAGUGAUGAAUCCAAAUUUGAACGUUUUGGUUUAAAUCAGCAUGUAUGAAGUCAGAAGAGAGGAACAACAGUGAGUGUCUACAGCCAUUUGUAAAACACAGUGGAGGCUCUGUCAUGGUUUGGGGCUG